UAUGUCGACCGAAAUAUGAUCUGUUAGUGUUGAACAAUUUGGACUGUCAAUUAAAGAAACGCGAGUGAAUUUUAUUAUAUCUGUGAAGAGUGUAUGAAUAGUAUUGUUCUCUUAAGGAUUUGUAAAAGGGCCUGGCUGUGCCAACAACCAGUCUAUAAAGAUGUCGAUCACUUUCCAACAAAUUAUGAUGGACGCUGAAAAAUUAGUGGGACGUAUUUCUGAGCAGGAGAAUAAUACUGAUCAUUUGAUAUCGGAAAUUCAUUCGGUUUGCAGUCAGAUCGAUAGUAUGAAACAAUACCAGGAAGAGGUAGAAAUGUUGAACUCUGAAGCACAUCACAGACCUCACUUGCAAUUGAUUGCGGGUAUCCAACAAGAAAAUAAAUAUCUGCGUGAAAUUCAAGCUGAAAAUAAAGAAUUGAAAAAUGCCUUAGAAGAUCAUCAAAAUGCGCUGGAACUUAUUAUGUCCAAAUACAGAGAACAGACUGCUUCACUACUGCGUCGCUGUAAAGUGGAUUUUACUUCCUCUCACAACUCUAAAUAUACAGAGUUGAUCACCAGUCAAGCGGAAAAGAUUAAUGAGAUGGCUGCGGUGAUGAAGACUGCUGCUGCAAUUGACGAGGAGAAUGACAUUAGAGGAAAAGAAGUUUAUUCCCGUCUGAAAGAAGAAAACACCGUUCUCCGAGAAAUUCUCAACAUUGCAAACAAUUACGGAUCCUUGGACAAAAAUCCACCAAAAGACGAUAAAACUGUACAAACGGACCCCAUAUGAAAAAAUAAUCGGGCAGAAUAUGUGUUUUGUGGAAUAAAGCGCACACGCCAGACACAGGGACGUCAUAUCAACAGAAAUCUGCUGGUGCAAUCUAUUUGUUAGACUACCCAGCGAUCGGUGAUACUGUAGAGAAUAACGCUCAGCGCUUCAAUCAAGGGAUUAUUAUUUCUUAUCUCAGAUCUUGUAAUAUUGAAAACGUACGGCCGCACCGAUAUGAGUGACCGUAAAUAACAUCUCUCUGUGUGUGGAUA